CCUGCCAUACAGUCUGUGUACCAGAAGCAACAUGACCAAAUAAUGUCCCGCCUAAUUGAAGAAUCCAAAUCCGGAAAGGGGCUUGAACUCUGUGGUGACGGAAGGUGUGACAGUCCAGGUAAAUUCAAUUCUAAUCUGUAUAGAUACUUGUUUCACAUUAAUUUUCUUCAUCAUAACAACCCAAUCCUUGAUACUGAACCGAUUUUGUUUUUCUUUCAAGGUUUCAGUGCCAAAUACUCCACCUACUCUUUCCAAAGUGACACCACAAAGGAAAUAGUACAUUUUGAACUGGUCCAGGUGACAGAAGCAAGCAGCUCUGUUGCGAUGGAGGUCAUGGGACUUCAGAGGGGCCUGGAUGAACUGCUGAGUUGUGGGGUGGAUAUAGCUGUGAUGACGACAGACAGAUCACCAUCGGUCCGGAAAUUGAUGAGAGAAGAACAUCCCCAAAUCCGGCACGAGUUGGAUCCCUGGCAUGUUGUAAAGGGAAUCAAGAAGAAAAUUGUUGCGGCAUCAAACAGACGGGGUCAGAAAGAGCUGCUUGGAUGGUUCAGAGCCAUUACCAACCACUUUUAUUGGUCUUGCGAUACUUCCAAGGGUGAUCAGGAGCUUUGCAUCCUUCGAUGGUGCUCCGUGCUUCAUCACAUCAUUGGAGUGCAUCGGUGGGAGGAAGGCGGCACUACGUAUACCUGCCAUCACCCAGCCCUGUCCAUUGAGGAGCAGCAAGAGAAGAAAAGAUGGCUUGAACCUCAGUCCCCUGCUUUUUUGGCCCUCAAAGACAUCGUCACAAACAAGAAUCUCCUCCAAGACAUGAGGCAGAUGGCGCUUUUCAAGCACACAGGAACUCUGGAGGCCUUCCACUCUGUCAUGCUGAAAUAUGUCCCUAAAAGACUGCAUUUUGGAUAUGACUCCAUGCGGGCACGGACACAGCUGGCAAUCAUGGAUCACAAUGAAAAUGUUGGCAGACAACAGGCUACGACUAAAGAAGGUGACCUCCGUUGGCAAUUCUCCUUCUCAAGACAGUCAGCGGACUGGGUGACAAAGCCUAUCUACACAAAGACAACACAGAACUUCCGAAAAGACAUAAUGGACAGUGUACUGGAAAUGAGAGACAACCCUUCCAUUGACUACACUCAGCGCAACAAGGCACCCCACCGCAAAAGACUGCUGCACAAUAUCGCCACAGUCCCAAGACCAGAGAAAGCUGUUUUGUUGGCAAGAAGGACAAGUCGUUUUGGAAAUGUCAGAGCCAAGCCGUAUUAGUGGUGCAUAAGUUGUGGUGCUUUAUGGAUAGUGACACCCUGAUUACCUGAAGACUUUUCAUCAUUAUAAAACGUUCACUCUUUCCUUUUUUGUUUAUUACUGAAUGA